AUGGAAAGUGAGGUAAUGAAUGGCGUGGUUGUCAGCUCUGAUCUUCACCCACCUCACAGCGACUUUCUGACAUCUAUGAAGUCCAUGCCGAUUUCUGCAGUAAAGCAGAACAGUGUGUUGCAGACUCUGGUGAGCAAAGAAGAGGAACUAAGCAGAGAGACGGAAAAUGAAGAUUUGCUAAAAGCAGAGCAGGAAUGGGAUGCACUUGAAAAUAUACAGACAGGGCUGUACUGUGAGAAAUCAGGGCUUCUGAGUGACCUACCUGGACAAACGCCUUUGAUCUCCUUCAAUGAAGCAUUGCAAUAUUUCCAGACAGCGGACCUCUCUGAGUACAUGAAAAGGAUCCAGCCCACGGUACGGCGCACUGGCCUCUCUGCAAUCGCUCACCUUCUGUUUGGACCACCGCGGCUUAAUAGAGACCUCCAUGCAGAGAGAGACUUAGUGCUGGCAAUAGCACAGUGUCCACUGGACAGCAGUCAGCAAGUUCAUGUUAGAGUCCUGCAGACCAUAUACAAGAAGCUGACAGGCGCCCGCUUUGACUGCCCCUUAUAUGGAUCACACUGGGAACAAUUAGGAUUCCAAGGUAUGGAUCCUGGAACAGACUUAAGAGCUGCAGGUCUGCUCGGUCUGAUGCACCCGCUGUACAUGGUGAUGGAGCCAAAAACACUGCCCCUGGCACAUGAUAUCUUCCGGCUGUCACAGCACCACACACAGAAUUUUCCCUUCUGUAUAAUGUCCAUAAACAUCACCAGGAUUUGUAUACAGACCCUGAGAGAGGAGCGGGUGUCCAGGGAGUGUAACCGGAGACAACAAGUCUUUGCUGUACUGAAUGAUCUUUAUGUGGCCAUUUUCUACCACCUCUACCAUGUGUGGAAGACACAGAACAAAACCAUCAGUGACUCCGGCUUCAUCCUUAAAGAACUUGAGACAUUUGCCAAGAGGAAGCCUAAAGAUCUUUUACGCCAGUUGGAGGCAUAUCUGAAAGAGCGGCCUUUGCCUAAAGAUCUUCCCCUGGAAAUCUGGGCCCAGCACUCCUCGGAGCAGCGGAUCUCCACCCAUGAGGGCAGUAAUGGACAAGCUGGUGGGAUGUGUUUCACCGGGGUGUGUGAGCAACAGGUGCAGGAGGACCGUCUCAUCUGA